GGGCAUGUGGCAAAGUAGCAGUGGUCAUAAUCAUCAUCAUUGUCGGAACAUCGUCUCGUGUCGGCAGCACCUUCCGUCUCACGGCUACGUUCUCUUCCCAUACCAGUGUCGAAGCCUCGCAACAUGAAAGACCAAGAUCCCGAUUAUUUGGCCGACGAUGUGGGAGCGCCCUACGAAGCCAACCCAAAUAUGGCGCCACCUUUUGAGGCCGCACCACAAGGGCUUACACCCCCUCAACCACCCCCGAACCAAGCCCCUCAACCAUCCCCGAACCAAGAAACACCACAAGCUGAAAUCGAGAGCGACCGGCCGUGGAAACUGCCCCUCAUAGCCUGCUCGCUGCUACUCUUCGGCUUGGUGCUGCUCCUGUUGUUCAUAAGCACUCACACAUUUGCCACUGCUGAUGAAGAUGAUCCUAACACCGGCGGCGGCAAGAGUGAUGUGCCUCCCAUUACACAUAAAACACCGAGGCGCCCUACAAACCAAGGUACCCGAGGCGGCUCUGGUGCGAGCACAAGAUCCAUCAGGACAGCUUCACCACAAAAGACCAGCACUGCGAAUAUUGUGUCAACUCCGGCGGCGAUUCCACCUUCAGUCGCCCCGCUCCCGCCUGCUGAUGAACACGCUCCUAGCACCGGCGACGGCAAGAGUGCUGUGACUCCCGUUAUAUAUACAACAACGAGCCGGCCUGUAAACCCAAGUACCCGACGUGGCUCUGGGACGAGUGCAAGAACCAUCCCAACACCUUCACCAGUGUCUACUCCGGCGGCUAUUCCACCUUCAGUCGCCCCACUCCCACCUGCUGAUGAACACGCUCCUAGCACCGGCGACGGCAAGAGUGCUGUGACUCCCGUUAUAUAUACAACAACGAGCCGGCCUGUAAACCCAAGUACCCGACGUGGCUCUGGGACGAGUGCAAGAACCAUCCGGAUAGCUUCACCGGUGUCAACUCCGGCGGCUAUUCCACCUUCAGUCGCCCCACUCCCGCCUGCUGAUGAAGACGCUACUAGCACCGGCGACGGCAACAGUUUUGCGAACCGAGGUACCCGAGGUGGCUCUGGUACGAGUGCAAGAACCAUCCCGACAGCUUCGCCAGUCUCAACUCCGGCGGGUAUUCCUCCUUCAGUAGCCCCACUCCCGCCUGCUGAUGAACACGCUCCUAACACCGGCGACGGCAACAGUGGUGUGACUCUCGUUAUAUAUACAACACCGAGCCGCCCUGUAAGCCGAAGUACCCGACGUGGCUCUGGUACGAGCGCAAGAACCAUCCGGACAGCUUCACCAGUGUCAACACCAGUGGCUAUUCUCCCUACAGUCACCACGCUCCCACCCAUUGUGUACAGGCCACCACAGGCGUACUCUAUGAUAUGUACCGUCGGCUGUCAUGGAAAGUACGCAGUGGAACUCCCACCCGACGGCCUGUGCGACUUCAUCUUCCUCGACUCCCUUUACGACGGAUGCACAGACCAGUUCGUGCAACAAAGAUCGCCCAGUAGGAGCUGGCGGAGGUUCCAAGCAUUAGCUGCCUCAGGCAUCAAGACACAGUUUGGAAUUUCCAUCGAUACGCUGGGAAUCCAGAAGUUCCUCGGACACCUCAGGAACCGCCAGACAGCGGAAGUGUGGGCUUCGCAGAGCCUUUGGAACAACAACAUCUACCAUUGGGGCAUCAUGAACCUCCACCAAGUUUAUCUACAGUCACGUCCGGCGUUACUAAAGGAGGCAUUGGAAGCUCUCAAGGAAGCAGCGCAAUUCUCGCUGCCGUCACCGACAAAAAGAGUCGCCACCUACACCUUCCUUGGUUUCUACACCCCUUUGCCCAGCGGCUGCGACUUGAUGGGUCAGGAAGCAGCGUCUGUUUUUAUGCCAGACGCAAUUGUUGUGCUUGGACACACCUCGUUUCAAGAAAACAAAAUUCCGUCUUUGCGCUGCGUCCUGCUUCCACCAAACAUUUACAAGAUACCUCCAGGUGUGCGUGCGAGAAUUACGCAUGCGCAUACUUUCCAUGAAGCAUGUCUGCUCGCGCAGUGUCUUCGGACGCAGCAGAAGCUUCAAGUUCCCAUUGGCGUGUCCUUCACCAUGAAGGGCCGCUGGUACCAACCGAAAAUUGACGACUACGAAAACCCUGACAUCGGAGAGUAUGACCUAUUCAAAGACUGCGUGGUCAGUGACGUCGAUCAAGAUGCAUUACCAGCCGCGAUCUGCAACCUGACAAAUACAAACUACACGAAAAACUUGGGUUUAGAUAGCGACGAUAUCACGAUGAGGACAUACGACAAAGGUCCCAUAGAAAAACAUACCCAAAUGUUUGACAAUCGAGCGACAUACCUCAAGAAGUUCUGCUACGCAAAGAACAACCUCACGCAAGCCCAGUUUUCCAUUGCGAUAUAUGACGUGAACUUUGAUAGCAGCCCCUCCAUCUGCCAGCCAGACAAGAUUGUCGGAAACUUCAGCCGAACUCAGCUGCUAUACAACAUCAAUACCGUCCUGAAGACCGGAAGUGACCUAUCAAAUCUUACCGCUUGCAUGAAAAUCACUAGAUAGCGCACUUAUUAUACAGUUAUCCCAAUUGUCAUCUAUAUGAAAGCACUUCUUAGGGCCACAUUCGGAGCAACUCGAAUAAACACAUGCCCGUUGUUUAGGUCAUCGCUCAGUG